AUGGCAGGCAGGAAGAAAGAAGUCAAGCUCCAGGCUGUAAUAACCAAUCAAGAUGAGUGGGAUGAAAUGCUGCAAACGCAGGGUAUAGUAGUGAUAGAUGUGUAUCAAUCUUGGUGUGGCCCUUGCAAAGCUGUGCUGAAUUUAUUAAGAAAACUGAGGAUCGACUUUAGUGAUGAUGAUGUGUUACAUUUUGCCGUGGCAGAGGCUGACAACCUUGAAUGUCUGAAACCAUUUAGGAAGAGCUGUGAACCUGUGUUUCUUUUUUGUGUUUAUGGCAAAAUUGUUGCAAUAGUGAGAGGUGUAAAUGCUCCUCUCAUAACUAAGACAGUAACAGACCUGGUGCAAGUAGAGAGGAAAAUCGCAGCUGGAGAGCAGGAACGUGGUGAGGUAGAAGAAAUUGUUUUCAAAGAAGAAAGUUCAUCAGAAGGGUCUGAUGASGAGGAAGCAGACGAGGAAGUACUCACUUAUUCUGUCGGAAUUAUAAAACCUGAUGAUGUCGCAGAGGGACGUGUAAAUGAAAUUAAACGCAAGAUUAGACGGGCAGGAUUUGACAUUAAAGCAGCGGAGGAGAGGAUGCUUACUGAAGAGCAAAUCCGAGUGUUUUACACCCAUAAAAAAUACCAGCCUGACUUUGACGAAUUUGUUGAAUUCAUGAUGAGUGGACCAUGCCAUGUUUUGAUAAUCACUAGAAGUUUAACAACUGGUGAUAUUCCUCACUGGAAAGGACUAGACGAUAAAAGUGAGUCUGGUCAGCCUGGGAAGCCAGAUGAGAGCCUCAGACAAGAGAGGCUGAAACUCAAGCCAGGACUCAAGUCAGCUGAGAGUCUGGUUAAUAUAUGUGAUGUGCAAGACAGUGUUGAAGAUGCCAGUAGACAACUWGCUUUCUUUUUUCCAAAUUUUAAUGUAAAUGAGGAAGAACAUGUUGAAAGGACUUURGCCAUAAUUAGACCCAGUCUCUUAAAGGAAAGGCGAGAUUCUAUCCUACAAAGGAUAAAGGAUGAUGGCUUCAGAAUAGCAAUGCAGAAAGAAAUAAUGCUAUCUGAAGAUCAAGUACGUACAUUUUACAAAGAGCAUGUYGAUCAAGACUACUUCCCAGUCCUUCUAGACCAAAUGACCAGUGGUCCGACACUUGUAUUGGCUCUAACAGGAGAAAAUGCUGUAUCACACUGGAGAAAUUUGCUAGGCCCAAAGACUCUUGAAGAGGCUAAGGAAAAUCCAGAGAGUCUGCGUGCAAGGUAUGCGAUUGACAGCGUGCCUAUCAAUCAGCUGCAUGGCAGUUCUUCAGCCGUCGAUGCUGAGAAGGAAUUAGAGUUCUUCUUCCCUGAGGAAAAAACUUUUGCAUUAAUCAAACCUGAUGCUGCUAAGACUCAUAAAGAAGAAAUUAUGAAAAGAGUUAAACAGGCUGGAUUUAGCAUCUCAAAGGUAAAAGAACAAGCUUUAACUCGUGAAAUGGCGGCACAGUUUUACAAGGAUCAUGAAGGAAAACCCUUUUUUGAAGAUUUAGUGAAUUGYAUGACUGCGGGUCCAUCAGUGGUAAUGGUCUUAUCAAAGGAAAAUGCUGUGGAAGAGUGGAGGCAACUAAUGGGUCCAACCGAUCCAGAAGAGGCAAAGAAGGUCUCUCCAGAAUCAAUUCGGGCUCAGUUUGCGCAUGAUAUUCUGUCUAAUGCUGUUCAUGGAUCAUCUAAUCCAGAACAUGCUAUGAAAAGCAUUGCAUUUGCAUUUGGAGAGCUUGAUGCAGACUAA